ACUCAGCGCUCCUCACCCGGGCUUACCCCCCCCGUGGCCCCCCGGUUCCCCGGCCCGGCUCCCGAGGAUGAGGAUGGUGAUCGCCCCCCGGUGUGCCUGGCUCCUCCCGGCUGGAGGUGUGCUCUCCCCCCAGCAGCAGAACAUCUGACCCGGUGUCCCCAUCCAUCCAUCCGUCUCCCCGUCCUCCUCCUCCUCCUCUCCAGGGAAGGAUGUUGGGGCUGUGAGGACCAAUCGUGCUCCGCCAGGAUCUGCCCUUCCUCUCCGGUACCCAGCUUCGUCCUCCCCCCGGGCACAGCGCUGAGGAUGGGGAAGGACCAGGAGCUGCUCCAGGCUGUCAAGGCUGAGGACCUGAGUAUGGUGCAGAAGCUGCUGCAGAGACCCAAGGCGGGCAAAGCCAAGCUCCUGGGUUCUGCAAAGAGAGUGAAUGUAAAUUUUCAAGACGCGGAUGGGUUUUCGGCUCUGCACCAUGCGGCUCUUAUCGGGAACACUGAACUCAUCUCUCUUCUCCUGGAGGCCCAGGCUGCCGUGGACAUUAAAGAUAACAAAGGGAUGCGCCCUCUCCAUUAUGCGGCCUGGCAGGGCAAGAAGGAACCAAUGAAGUUAUUGCUGAAGUCAGGCUCUGCUGUGAACAUCCCGUCGGAUGAGGGACAGAUCCCUUUACACCAGGCGGCUCAGCAUGGACACUAUGAUGUGUCAGAGAUGUUACUUCAGCACCAGUCCAACCCCUGCAUCAUGGAUAUUUCCGGAAAGACCCCUCUGGACUUGGCCUGCGAGUUUGGAAGAGUUGGGGUUGUUCAGCUGUUGUUAAACAGUAACAUGUGUGCAGCAUUGCUAGAACCUAAGCCUGGAGACAGCACAGACCCCAAUGGGACCAGCCCUCUGCAUCUCGCAGCUAAGAACGGACAUAUUGAUAUCAUUAGGCUUCUGUUACAAGCUGGCAUAGACAUCAAUAGGCAAACCAAAUCUGGAACAGCCCUCCAUGAAGCAGCUCUAUGUGGAAAGACGGAGGUCGUUCGGCUUCUCUUGGAUAGCGGGAUCAAUGCUCAUGUGAGAAACACCUACAACCAAUCCGCCCUGGAUAUAGUAAAUCAAUUUACCGGAACCCAGGCCAGCAAAGAGAUCAAACACCUGCUACGAGAAGCUUCUGCAGCUCUGCAGGUCAGGGCACUGAAGGAUUACUGCAAUAAUUAUGAUUUGACCAGUCUUAAUAUCAAAAUGGGAGAUGUGAUCACGGUUUUGGAACAGCAUCCUGACGGCCGGUGGAAAGGUUGCAUCCAUGACAACCGGACGGGCAAUGACAGAGUGGGCUACUUUCCAUCCAGUCUUGUUGAGGCCAUCAGCAAACGAACAGGUUCCUGGGGCUCAUAUCACAUGGGGACCCCCAGGUUGAUGUUGCACAGGGCGACAGUGCCAAAUGGUGGCACGCACCACUCCUUCCAUUGCUUAAUGCCACCUCCACAUUCCCAUCAGAUUCUUUUCAGUUCGUUUGGUUACCAGAGAACUUGCAGCCCCACAGGGGAUCGGCUGUGUCCUCCAGGCUCUCGUGGAUCAGACUCUAGUCCAUCUCACAUGUCUCCAGGAACUACUUCUACUCCUGCUGAGGAGAUUUGGGUAUUGAGGAAACCAUUUGCAGGUGGUGAUCGAAGCAGCAUGGGCAGUACAGGAAGCGGCACCAGUGGUCGAAGUUCUGGGAGCGGUGCUAACAGUCCCCACGCUAUACCCGCUAGUGCAGAGGGGGUCAAGCUGCUCGCCACUGUUCUAUCCCAGAAGGCAUUGGGGCAGGAGCCUGGAGAUGACAGUGAGGGCCACACAGGACCUCCACGACCCCAGAGCGUAGCAAGCUGCCCCUAUAUUGAACAGACCUACGGAGACCACCUGAAGAAGAUGGAGCCUAUGACUGAAGGAAAGAGCUCUGAAGCCGUGUUCCAGUGGCUGUGCAAGUUUCAGCUCCAACUCUAUGCUCCCAAUUUUAUUAACUCUGGCUAUGAUAUUCCCACCAUCAGUCGCAUGACCCCAGAGGAUCUUACUGCUAUCGGAGUAACAAAGCCUGGACACCGGAAGAAAAUUGUCUCAGAAAUUAGUAGCCUUAACAUCGGGGAGUGGUUGCCUGACUACAAACCUGCCAACCUUUCCCUCUGGCUGUCAAUGAUCGGGUUGAAUCAGUAUUACAAAGUGCUGGUAGAAAACGGCUAUGAGAAUAUUGACUUUAUCACGGAUAUCACAUGGGAAGACUUGCAGGAGAUCGGAAUCACUAAACUGGGUCACCAAAAGAAGUUGAUGUUGGCUGUGAAGAAGCUGGCAGAGAUUCAGAGGUCAGAGUAUGGCAAAUAUGACUCGGGCAGCAUGAGAAGGAGGCCACCUCAGAAGAGCAUUGAUGCAAUGAGCAUUGAUUCGCCUCCCCCAGACAGUGGCGAGUGCCAGUCACCCAAGUUGAAAACCUUUCAAGACAGUGAACUGAGUGACGAGCUGCAAGCAGCCAUGACUAACGAUACUCCAGAUGGCUCCGAAAAGCAGAUUAACCACAUAGUGCACCAUCGAGAAGGAUCUUAUCGAGGUCCCUCAGGGGCAAGGCUUCACCAUGAAAACAGUCUGAGUGGCCGAGCUAGGCAUAUCAGCAGUUCCCAAGAACUUUUGGGAGAUGGAACAAAGGCACCCAGCUCUCCUAUGUCUAAGAGCCAGGAAUAUUUAACGGAAGAUGUGAAGAGAGAAGAAGUGGUUAGGGAAUCCAGACCGCUUAGGCAAGGACAUUCGGUGAAGAGGGCCAGCGUGCCACCUGUGCCAGGAAAACCCCGGCAGUCAUUCCCUCCUCCUGGAGGGCAGACCUACACCCCUCCUCAAACACCAACAAAAGGGACACCCUCUUCCCCACAAGCUGUUAACACCCCUCAAGCUACUGCCAAAGUCAAGCCAACACCCCAGCUUCUUCCACCAUCUGACCGGCCCAUGUCUCCUCGCUCUCUUCCUCAGUCUCCUACACACAGAGGCUUUGCUUAUGUUCUUCCACAACCCUUCGAAGGUGAAGGAGCUCCUGUUCACUUGACACAGGCAGUGCCCGUGCUACCAGUAUCAGUUCCAGUGCUAUGCCUUCCACCGGCAGGUAGUGAGGGAGAAGAUGAUGAUGUGGAGGAGGGAGAGAGGGGUGAUCAUGGUCGACCCAAAAAACGGGCCCACAGCUUGAACCGUUAUGCAGGUUCCGAUGGAGAGCGAGAGGAGCUGUUGGUUAUUGAUGGUGGUCCAUAUGGCACAGGGCAGAGGCGAGUUGGUAGGAGCCACUCUGUAAGAGCACAGUCUGGAGGUGACAAGAAUGUUAAUCGCAGUCAGUCGUUUGCAGUACGUCCCAGAAAAAAGGGUCCCCCACCACCACCGCCAAAACGUUCCAGUUCUGCCAUCUCUGGAACCAACCUUGGGGAUGGAUUGUCUGCCGAGGAUGCGGGAGGAGAGGGCUACCGGGAACAAAGGAGAGCAAGUGACUUUGGUGGUAUAGUGGACACUGGAAGUGCUGGCAGUGUAAAGAGCAUUGCUGCUAUGCUGGAAUUGUCAUCCAUCGGUGGUGGCCCAAGGGCGCUCACUGGUCCGAGGCCAAGAGGAUCUGAUGGCUACUCUGUUCACCUCCUACCUCAUCCGGGCAGCCCUGAACUUCAUCGAUUCCCAGGCACUGUGGCUGGUGUCAAACACCGUGAAGCCAUCGGUCUGGAUGGAGAGGUGGUUAAUCGAAGGCGAACCAUCAGUGGACCUGUGACUGAAUUAGUUGCGGCAGCUCGGAGAGAGCGGCAAGAGCAGUCAAGGCCACCAGACUCCCCACGCAGUCCUUCCGACGUGAUGCCCUUUGCAGAAGAGCGUAAGCCGACUAUUAAACACCGCCCACGGCCAUCACGGACAGAGCAUGUAGACUCAGAGUCUGCCAAACACACAGACUUGAACCCUGUGGAGUCCAGCGUGACUUUGAAGCGUCGUGUGAGAGCCAGACAAGGCCAUUCUGGAGAUGUAAAAUUCCUGCUGACAGAAUCAGACACAGUCAAGCGGAGGCCGAAGCCUCGAGACAAGGAAGGAGGACCAGGGGUGGAGCCUCUGGCUGUGUAUCAGAAUGGAAUGGGCACUGUAAAGCGCCGCCCCUUUUCAGAGAUGAGUGUGGGAGGUGCAGGGCGACAGGACAGCACAGAGCAUAUACAGACUCCAGAACGCAGCAUUAAGCCUCCUGUCUCACCAAAGCCAACCAUUAUACAUCCUGGUGGAAAGGGCCCGCCACAGUCCAUAUCCACACCCACAAAGAAGGCCCCAGUGCCAAGCCCUGGAGGAGAAGUAAAGAAGGUAAUGGGGACACCUCCUCCUGUCUCCCCCAAACCUACUCCUCCCCCAAUAGCCCCCAAACCCCCCAAACCUCAUGCCAUCAUUCAGUCCUCUAGUGCCAGCUCAACUCCAGCCCCUUCUCCUGUCAAGCAACCAAACCACAUCAAACCUUCCAGCACUCCCCCAUCCCUGUGCUCCAGCCCCGCUAAGCCCCUGACUCCGGGUCACCCUCUACAGGUUCCCAUCAAGCCCCCGAGACUGUCCAUCACCAGCUCUUCCUUAGAGGGAGGGAGUAACGAGGCGGCACAGCAGAAGCUGGAGGAGACCAGUGCGUCACUGGCUGCAGCUCUGCAAGCUGUGGAGGAGAAGAUCAAACAGGAAGAUUCACACAAAGAUUCCUUGGAGGAGAAGAGCACAGUCAGUAUUCUGGAUGACAUUGGCAGCAUGUUUGAUGACCUUGCAGACCAGCUGGAUGCCAUGUUGGAGUGAAAUUGCAGUGUUUGUGCGUGUGGUGGUCUCCUCAAGGCAAGGUCCCACAGACUGCUUCUUGCCUCUUCCCAUGUUGCUGGUUCCUGUACAGACCAUCCACCUUCUCCUAGGACCCUUCCGAGUCCGGUUCCCCCCUGACCGCCCCGCAACAUAUGCCUAACCUUAGCACAAACAAGCAAUGUUGAAUACCUCAGGAUUGUGCUCAAUCGGGGCAGCAUGGAAGGAGGCCAAGCAAGAGGUGGCAUCAGCCACUGGGCUCGGCCGUUCCAGCAUCAGGAUCAGUUCCAGAAUGCACUUGCAGAGCAGAUCCCGGUCACAACCUGGAUUGAGAUGACCGCAGUCUGUUGAUGGAUGACUAGGUAUACUGCAAAGCACUAUGAGAGAAUGGAUACUGUCCAGCAGUGAAACAGCACGCAUCCUGCCAUCUACUUCAAUUUCACACCGCCAACCUAUGGUGAAUCCUUCCCAUUUUGUAUUUCUUGUUUUUUCGUCUUGUUGCAAUUGCUGUUAUUAAUCAAUGUAAGAAAGGGAUAUGAACUCACCUCAUCAAGAAACUUUAAGUGGCUGUCAAAUGACCCAACUCUGCGCUGCCCUAUAUUUUAGAAGCCACAGAUUUCUGCAGUUGCCGUGAGUUUUUGCAUUGUAAGGUGCCAUGGAAUUUGUCAGGAGCUGGUUAUACAGUCUUGGGCCAUGUUGUCAGCUGGUGGCCAACACUCUAGUGAUCUUCAAGCUUCCCCACCAAACUAGAUUAAACAAAACUUUAUUACCUAAACAUUAAAGUACCCUUUCCCUGGUGAGCUAAAUAGCGGAGCAUGCAAAACUCAUCUCAUGAACUUUCUAAAAUAUUCUAAGCGGUCUUCUGUUCCCUAGCAGAUAGGAAUAUGCCCACAUUUUAAUGUCUUUUGUUAACCAGAAACCUUAUCACCUUUUCUAUAUGAACUUGAAGUUCGCUCUGGAUCAAGUGUUAAAUAUUUAGGGGAAACACUUAAAGUCCUCUAGUAAGCACUUACUGUUCCCUAUUGGCAACGCCUUACAAAAUGUACUUUGCUUUCCCUAUUAGUUGACUUCAAGGUCAUUCAAGAAAGAACAUAAUUCUCUAUUCAAAAUGAACAAGUGCAUUCCAUUAUUGCUGGGAAAUUAAAGAAGUUUAUUCCAUUACCAUUGGAAAAUAUAAGCUAAUGCCAAAUGUAUUACCUUGGAGACAAAGUGAUGUUGGAAUUCUAAGUACAGUUGGUUCCCCAUGGCUCUUCCAUUUUCAAACCACCAUUCAAUGGAACAAUUGGCCGGAACGUGAUAGAACAACUGGGAUCUUGUCCAAGGUAACAAAGGUCCUACCUAAAUCUCCAAACUUCCUGAUGAACUGAAGACUAUACUGAAAGCACAGAAAGUAGAAUUUAGUAGUAGAAAUCCUGAAAAUGACUGACAGGGAGAAGAAAAAAAAUAUCUAAUAAUUGGAUCCCUUUAUUUAUUUUUUUGAUAUGUGAAAGUCACAAAGAGACUGAUUGACAUGAAUUUACCCAGCCUAUAGGGAAACUGAAAUAGCACAAAUUCCAGACUUUUAAGGGCCUUUCUGCUGUUUUUUUUUUUAUAUUGUUAUUUUUACAUUUUUUUAUUAUUUAUUUAUGUUUUCUUUGAGUUGUAAAGGCUGUGCCUUGCCUCCACACAAUUAAUACUUGGAAGGGUCGAGGGGCAGAUGAUAUGUGUACUGGGUCGCAAUUUGGGCUUUGUAGAUUAUUUAAGAACGCAGUCUUGGAACGAUGAG